AUGGCGACGGUGCCCGCGACUCCGACCGGUCCGAAAAGCACGUGUGGCGGCGGCACUCCGCUCAGUCCCACCAGGAUCACCAGACUGCAGGAGAAACAACAGCUGCGAGACCUGAACGACCGCCUGGCCGUCUACAUCGACAAGGUCCGCAGCCUGGAGAAUGAGAACGACGUGCUCCACCUGAAGAUCAGUGAGAAGGAAGACGUGAGGAGCCGGGAGCUGAGCGGACUCCGGGCUCUGUAUGAGACGGAGCUUGCAGACGCCAGGAAGAGCCUGGAUGACUCCUCCAAGGAACGGGCCUGGCUGCAGAUCGAGCUGGGAAAGAUCAAAACCGAGCAUGAUCAGCUGGCACAGAGCUACAACAAAAGGGACUCGGAGGCUGCAAAUGCCCAAUCCAGGCUGAAGGAUGUAGAAGCUCAGCUCAACUCCAAAGAUGCCCUGCUGGCCACUGCGCUGUCCGAGAAGAGGGGUCUGGAAGCCACUAUUGUUGAUCUGCAGGAGCAGCUUCAAGAGCUGGAUAUUAACCUUGGUCAGACCAAAAAACAACUUGGCGAUGAAAUGCUUCUGCGUGUUGAUUUGGAAAAUCGCUGCCAAAGUUUGACAGAGGAGGCAGCGUUUCGGAAGAGCAUGCAUGUGGAGGAAGUGAAAGAGGCUCGGCAGCGGUACGAGACGCGGCUGGUGGAAGUUGACUCUGGACGCAAAGAGGAAUAUGAAUACAAGCUGACACAGGCUCUUGCUGAUAUGAGAGCUCAGAAUGAAGAGCAAAUUGUGAUCUACAAGGAAAACAUGGAAAGCACCUACGCAGCCAAAAUCGAAGACCUGCACCGUAUGUCUGAGAUGAAUGGUGCGUCUGCAAACAUGGCCCGAGAGGAACUCAGGGAGUCCAGCCUGAGAAUCGAGAGUUUGAGUGCACAACUGGGCAGUCUACAGAAGGAGACCAGAGGAUGGCGUGACCGCAUAUCUGAACUGGAAGCAACAUUGGCCCAAGAGAAGGACAACGCCCGUAAAAUGCUGGCAGAGAAAGACCGCAUACUUGGUGAGAUUCAGGCCAAAAUGCAUCAACAACUAAAUGAGUACGAACAACUGCUGGAUGUUAAAUUGGCACUGGACAUGGAGAUCAACGCCUACCGCAAACUUCUAGAGGGAGAAGAGGAGAGGCUGAAGCUGUCCCCCAGCCCCACAGCUCGUGUGACUGUGUCUCGAGCCUCAUCAAGCAGCCGAAGCGUGAGCACCACUCAGGGCAAGCGUAAGCGUGUGGAUGUGGAGGAACAGGAAGCUAGUAGCUCUGUGAGCAUCUCUCACUCUGCAUCAGCCACAGGACCAGUGUUAAUUGAGGAAAUUGACACUGAUGGCAAAUUCAUCUGUCUUAAUAACAGCAGUGAGGAGGAUCAAGCUAUGGUGGGAUAUGAACUGUUGAAAACAAUUGGAGAAUCUUCAGCUACUUACAAGUUCACUCCCAAGUUUGUCCUGAAAGCUGGUCAAAAAGUCAUGAUUUGGGCCUCUGAUGCUGGAGUGAGCUCCAAACCUCCCUCUGACCUCGUGUGGAAGAAUCAAAGCUCUUGGGGAUCUGGCGAGGAUGUAGUUGUGGCGCUUUUGAACCCACAAGGAGAGGAAGUGGCAAAAAGGACCACCAUUUAUAAUGCAACUAUGGAAGAGGAACAGGGAGAAGAUGUGGAGGUGAUUGAGGAAGAACAGUAUGUGGUAAAUGAAACGAAGAAGUCCAACUGCUCCAUCAUGUGA